UGCUGAGUUUUUUGCGCGUUGCGGGUGAGCCGUGCCACGACCUGAACUUUGUUUUGCUAUCUUUUGAUGCCGGGGGUGUCCCACACCGGCUGUCCUGGUUGUGCCCAAGGGCCAAAGGAAAGCCUUGGAGACUGAAAGGUGUUUGAGAUAAGCUUAUUAUUUAGCAUAAGCGGUAUUGGAGGUAGAAGUGCCCUCACCGUGCUACCGAGCCUUGUGAAAUGCAGAGAUUUAGGUGUAGGGUGUUGCUUUCCUCCUAAUUGCCAAUGUUUCGAAAGGGAAGAUGGAGAAACUCGAGGUUUCUGAGACCUUUUACGAGUACCAUAAGACAAUCAUGCCUAUAAAACCAGGGAGUUUCUGCUGGGAAAUCAGUUAAUGGGCUGUAUUUGUGGUUCUAGAUGUCCUGCAAGCACCUGGAGUAGGAUGAAUGGAGUGAGUUUACUGAUUGUGAGGAGCAGUUUCCUUCAGUGAAGAGGAUGGUGAACGUUUUGGAGUUAUCCAGGCAUUGUGUGUUGAUUGGUUUAGUUCUUGCUGAGAUUGGAGGGAAGGCCUGAUGCCCUCUUUACACACUGAUGUGCUGAUAGCUGCUUAAAUAUAGUAGUGCUAUGUCUCUGUUCAUAUGGAAACUAGACUAGGAAAAUGUUUGUUUUCAUAGACUUCCCCAUGCACAGUUCCUGUUUUGGUGUGAAAAAGGCUUUGUGUCCACCACUUAGCCUAUGUGAAUUCAAUAAGAUUUUAGGUUAAUUGCUUUAGCUUUUUUUUUUUUUCCCCACAUGAUUUUUUUCCUUCCCCCACCCUUAAUCUCAUUAUUUUUAACUCCUUUCUGUCACACGCUAACCGCUCCGCACUGGGGAGGAAGGAUUGCGUCCUUCACUUCUUGAAGAAGAUUAAGAGUGUACUGUGAAAAGAAUAAGAAUUGUGAUCCUCUGUUACAGCUGGAAAAGCUCUACCUUUAAGGACAGAUGUGGCUCAUGAGAACAGCUUGAUGUGGAUCAGGAGGCAGCGAAGAGGCUCGCUGCUGGCCAGGGAGUAGCUUGUUAACAUGUGAAUUUAUAAGGCACGUUGUUUUUUUUUCCCCCUCCAUCACUCUGUAGACCAUAUUGUGUGAUCAGAGCAUCCCAUUCUUAUCCUGUCGUAGAGUUUUGGGCAAGUGUAAGAGCGGAAAGAUUGAAGUGUUUGCCUGUCCAUGUUGUCCACGUAGCUGUAAGCCCUGGGUGGGCAAAAUGAUCCUUUCCUCCAAGAUGAUCCAGCUAUAUCUGUGCCUUGUGGGGAGGUGGAUGAUGGUGAUUAAUUUGGUUUAAAGGCAAGAGGGUUGCAGCAAAAACUGUGCAUAGAGCUGGUAGGAUGUAGAUGGGUUCUGCCCGCUACCCUUCUGUGCUGGUGGGCAUAGUUACUGUAGGAAGAUUGACCAUAUUCUUGCCUGGUUCUUCCUGUUCUCCAUGUAAAUGCGUUUUGUGUUAUGUAAAUUACGAUAAUGUGAGCUAUCAGGUGUUGUACAAAGCCAGCUGGGCAGUUUGUCAUUUUUAUGGUCUUUGUUUUGUAGCUUGCAGACCCAACUGUGGUCUCCUGAGACAGAGCUGCAAGAAAUGGUGUUGGUGAUUGAAUGAGUCAUUUGUUGUUUGGGUUGUUUUUCCCCUGUAUGCUGUGAUGUCCAAAAGGAGAACGGGAGGCUGUUGUACUAGAGGGACAAACACAGGAAGCUGAAGCAUGAAAAUGUCUGAUCAGAAGUCUUAUUUCUCUUCUGCAGCCUCAGUGUUAUGAGGAAAUCCAUCCUUAAAUAAUUAUGAUCUUACUUCUAAGAUCUUCUAUAAGCAACAAUGGCAGGUGAAGACUGUGUAAGAAAACGCCAGUCCGGCUCCACCAGCAAGAGCCCUGAGAGUGAAGAAACACAGAGGAGACCUGAGAACGAGAGGUCAUUUCAAAAUGCAAGCAAUGGCCGGGUUGAUGUCGACCAUGCGAUAACACGGAAAAUGCAGCUAAUAGCAGAAGCUGAGCAAUUGAAGCCAGUUUUCAUGAAGGAAGUGGACAGUCACUUCACGGAGUUUGUGAACAGUUUGGUGGCAAAAUCAGCACUCCUGGACUCCUCAUCUCCAGCCUCCCUCUUCCCAGCUUCUUGCUCAGAGAAGGAACUGCACAGAGCCAAGACCUUGAGGGCUCCUCCAGAACACGGGAAGAUCUUUACUGCCAGGAGAUCCCUUUUGGAUGAGCUGUUUGAAGUGAGUCACAUCAGGACGAUCUACCACAUGUUCAUCGCUCUUCUCAUUGUCUUUAUCCUCAGCACGCUUUUAGUAGACUUCAUUGAUGAAGGAAGGCUGGUCCUAGGAUUUGAUCUCUUGGUCUUUGUUUUUGGAAAGUUCCCAGUCGUCUUCUGUACUUGGCUGUGCAUGUUCAGUGCCACAGUGAUCAUUCCAUACAACCUCUUUGUCUGGUGGGCCCAAGGCCAUUGCAGUUCCUCCCAUCGCAGAAUCCGCUCUUUCUUCUACGGGAUGUUGUUCACACUCUUCCAAACAGCUGGGCUUGGAUUUGGACCAACCUAUAUUGCUGUAUCGUACGCCCUGCCUCCAGCUUCCCGUUUUAUUGUAAUACUGGAACAGGUGCGUCUUGUUAUGAAGGCUCAUUCAUUUGUGCGGGAGAAUGUACCCAGAGUGCUAUCUUCUGUAAAGGACAAGUCCAGUACAGUACCUAUUCCCAGAAUUUCUCAAUACCUGUACUUCCUCUUUGCUCCCACCCUCAUCUACAGAGACAACUAUCCCAGGAGUCCUGUGAUAAGAUGGGGCUAUGUAGCUACCAAGUUUGCACAGGUGCUUGGUUCCCUUUUCUAUGCUUACUACAUCUUUGUGAGACUCUGCAUUCCUCAGUUUCUCAACAGUGGUCAAGAAACCUUCAAUCUUCGUGGGUUGGUCCUCCGCAUCUUCAAUUCCAUUCUGCCAGGUGUGCUGAUUCUCUUCCUGGUUUUCUUUGCAUUCCUUCAUUGUUGGCUUAAUGCGUUUGCUGAGAUGCUGCGCUUUGCAGAUAGGAUGUUCUACAAGGACUGGUGGAACUCCACUUCCUAUGCAAACUACUACCGAACCUGGAACGUGGUAGUACAUGACUGGCUAUAUUACUAUGCCUACAGGGACUUCCUUUGGUUUUUUGGUAAGAAGUUCAAAGCAGCAGCUAUGCUGUCUGUCUUCACAGUAUCAGCUGCUGUGCACGAGUAUGUUCUGAGCAUCUGCUUUGGCUUCUUCUACCCCGUUCUCUUUUGCCUGUUUAUGUGCUUUGGAAUGGUCUUCAACUUCAUCCUUAACGACCGUCGAAAAGGGCCCAUCUGGAACGUGAUCAUGUGGACAUCCCUUUUCCUGGGCCAAGGUGUCAUCAUUUGUCUCUACAGCCAGGAGUGGUACGCCCGCUGCCACUGCCCUAUGGAAAACCCCACGUUCCUGUACUACUUAAAACCACGUUCAUGGUCCUGUCCUAUGAAGAUGUAGAAACAGUACACUCGGGCCGUGUCAUCACGGAAUAUCAGAGUUGUCCUCCAAGUAUUUGUACCAAUGACCUAACUCACUAUGGACUUUUUCUAAAGGAAGUUGUGCCUCCUGAUUAUUGGGGAGAAACUGUAAUUUUUACUGAGGCAAACCAGUUGACCUGGGUUGCAACAGGCUUCAUAGACAGCAUGUGCUACAUGCUGUCCCACUUUGAGCCAUUUCCAUGCCAGUUAAACAUUGAGCUGAAGGUGGAGUCUACUGGAAUCCUGCUCAUCCAGGGGUCCCCCCAAGUUGCUGCUCUUCUGGACAGUAGCUCCUCUAAUCAGUUUUCUUGUAGCUCAUUGUUGGCGUCCGUCCAUCUUCCUUAGCCAUCCCUUUGCAAUUUUUUUUCUCCCUUUUAGUAGUGGGAUGUCUACAAAACUUUGUGAUCCUGUUUGCUGCUAUGAUGUGGACAAGUGGCAGAGCAACAGGAUAUUUGCCUCCUUGCUCUGAAAAUAGCCAAAGUAUUCCUGGGUGGCUCUGAACCGUGUUCUGUGUACAUUGGCUGCCUACAGAUUUAAAAUGGGCAGAGGAGGAGGAGAUUGUCAGUUUGUGGCUGCAUUGGAGAACCAGGUUCAGAAGCAGGGCACAGUGUGUGUAGUCUUCAUAUGACCUUUUACACUGAAAAUUUGUUUUUUCUGUUUUCAUUAAUUUCCCAACUGACAGCGUUUUUGUUCUCUUGAAGGCCUUUGUGACUAGAGGAACUGUUUUUCUUCUAGCUACAACCUUUCUAUUGCUCCAGAUAAUCAAUUCUUUUAACACAAUUAACUUGUAAAAGAGCUUUUGCUUUAAUAUGGCAGGUGCUUUAAGGUAUACAAGUCAUUAAACCUUCCUUUAGUAUGGAAGAUUUUGAAAUACUAUGACCCAACUGUAAGAAAACGCAAAUGACUUUACAGGUACGUAGCAUGUUCCCAUCUGAAAUGACUCCAUCCAGUUCCAUAUGCCAGCACAUCUUGGUGACUCUUGCCAACCUGUAUCAUAGCAGCUUCUAACGCUGUCAGUGGAAAAUGAGGGUUUGACCCAGUGUCUGGAGUCAGAGCUGCUUUUUAUCUGCUUGAGUCUGCUCUUGUGUCAGUGGGGCCUUCAGGUGAAGAUCCGUUCCACAGGUAGUGCCUGGGUAGGACACCCUCCCAUACACAUAGAUAAAGGCAGAAGCAUUAUGUUAAUUUGUUCCCUCCCAUACACACAGAUAAAGGCAGAAGCAGUAUGUUAAUUUGGUCCCUCCCAUACACACAGGUAAAGGCAGAAGCAGUAUGUGAAUUUGGUGUUUCAGUAUCUAUUAAUUAGGCAUUAGUUAGGCAUUCAGUUUCCUUGUUCUCUCAGAUGUUAAGCGCAAAAGGGAACUUGCAUAGUAUCCAAGUAUGUAUCUCUCUGGUUUUACUGGAACUGCAGCUCCCAUUAUUGGAGAGGGAGGGUCACCUGAUGGAGGUACCUUAACUUUGGUCACCUGAUGGAGGUACCUUAACUUUGGUCACCUGAUGGAGGUACCUUAACUUUGGUCACCUGAUGGAGGUACCUUAACUUUGGUCACCUGAUGGAGGUACCUUAACUUUGGUCACAGGGAUUUCUGAAUUACUCAAAUAUUCUUUAUUGGCCGUUUUUGGUAACAGCUUUUCCUUACUGACCUGCGGCCCAGGUCUUUGAUACCAGCAGUCUUGGGACUGCUGAUGGGCUUGUCUUCUCAUCCACAUAAGACUCUUUUGGGCUUUUGUUUUUUUAUUCACCUGAGUUAAAACUAAUGUAAUGAAAGCUAGAUGAUACUCAAACUCUUCCAGGUUUUCACUUUUCUUUAAGAAGGAAUCUCACCCUUCAGAAAGGAUGUUUUGUCAGGUCAAAUUUGCCAAAUCCAGUGUUUGCGUAUGUCACUCUCCUCUGACAAUAUCUCCUACUAGAACUACUUUGUUAAAACAGUGGGGUUAAUUUCAGAGGAAGGGGUUCAUGUAUAUACUCAAACUUGGCCAUAUUAGUAUAUAAAAUCCUGAGAAUGAUAUAAAUUACUUUAACCACAUUCAGUUUGAUUAAUCCUUAAUUUUUCACUGUACCUUUUGUGGGAGGAAGGGAUAGAAGUGCUGAAGCAACUAAGUUUCCUUUUUCUAAAGAAAUAAACAAAAAACCUCAGCCUUUGGCCAAACAGCUUUGUCACCUCCUUAACGUAGGAUGAAACUCAGUCCAGUACAUUUUAGUUCUGGUGCUCAAAACAUUUAUGUACAGCUCUAAUUGCACUCAAAUAGGGUGUGAUGGAUUAGGGACUUGAUUUAUCUUCUUGAUGCCUGUGUCAGGUCUUGCUACUGUCUCAGCGUUCUCAAAAGGAGAUCAAAUCAUGGCACUUUGUGCCAAGUUUUGGUGUUUCCUCCACAGCUAGCACUGUCAUUCCUCAUAAAGAAUAUCAGCAUUUGCUGUGUCAGCGUCCUCAGUGUUUAAAGCCUCUGAGGGCUUGAGCAUCUGGCAAGCAAAAGACAACCAGAAAGGGAUGCUCAGCUGUUGGAACUAGUCUUAAUUUUUGACAGAUUGAGGUUUUUAGCCUUGUAGACCAAGGCAUCUGGCAACUGUGCUGUCAGGGCAUUAACAAUUGGGAUAACUUUCUGUUUCCUGGGGGUUUGUUGAAAUUGCAUUUGAAUGUGGGCUUAUUUUCCUUUUUCUCAAGAGUACUGGAGGGGAAAUACUCUUUUGCACAUUGUUUAAUUGGAGUUAAUUAUACCAUGUUUGUUUCAGUUUUCUUAGGCUCUGAGUGCCAGAGCCAGCAAUAUUGUAUUCUGGUCGGUAAUGAGGAUGCUAAGGUUCACAACCUGCCCUUUACAAAUUCUUAAUAAUAGUAUAUACUGUUUCCUGUGGUUCUUUCCAACACGAGAACCGUGCAGCUUGCUUCCAUGGUAACUCCCUCAGUUUUGAGGUGGAAAGCUCCCAGCUCCUUCCUCAGAAACAUCACAAAAA